AGGAGAACAGUCCUACAAUGAUCUGACCCGCAAAUCCGCAACUCUUACGGAGACCGCUCCCCUGUGAAAACCACCACAUUUCCAUCUUCCAGCGAAUUGGUUUAUAUAAUAAUUCCCACAGUCAAUUUCGAUUGAGAUCUAAUACAGCAGUUCCAAACCCCCAUCGGCCCAUCAUGACACGCGCCCAACAGUCCAUCUCUAUUCUCCUACUGGCCUCUUCACUUUAUUUUGUCCUAUAUGCAGGUCUCAUCCCUAUUAAUGAGACUGUUCAGGAAGAAAUUAUCUCUGUCCUUCCCUUCUAUGCUUUAAUUUCCUUCGCAUGCUACCUGCUUGGCCGAUUAGGCUUGGCGAUCUUUACUUUCAACGACGUUCCAGAGGCGCACGAGGAAUUGCAAAAGGAGAUUGAACAGGCCAAGACGGAACUUCGCAGAGCGAAGGUUGAUGUGGAUUGAACAAUGUCUGUCUUGCGUUCUCGAUUUUGGCCCGGAAGUUCGAGCCGUUCCUCUCUAAGGCCGAAGUAAUCUACUGUGACACAAGGUUACAUGAAAUUACUACAAAUUCAAUUAGUUGGUUUGUUUCCAGGAUUUGAAUGAAGUGUUAUAGAAAGGCUAUAUGGCCCAUACCGCUAUGUCUGCAAUCUGAA